UUGGAAAAACAGUCUAAAAUAUGCAUUAACGCCGUAACUAGAGAGUUACAUUCAUUUGCUAUGCAAAAAUACAAAUGCAUAAAAUCAGAUCUUCGAUCAACUCGGAGAACAUCUGUGAGUAUUUCUACGAUAAGUAGAAGGUUAUACGAAAAGAGUUUAACAGCCCAUAGACCUGCUAAAGGUCCAAAACUUACUGCACAGCAUCGCAGAGAUCGCCUAGAGUUUGCUCGCAAUCAUUGCGAGUGGACUCUAGAACAGUGGCGGACCGUACUCUUCUCUGAUGAGACGAGGGUCUGUCUCUUCUGCAAUAACAGACGUAGAAGGGUCUACAGAAGACAGGGGGAGAGGUUCGAAAGCUUCGAAGAAUCCGUCGAAUACGGGGGUGGCUCGUGUAUGUUUUGGGGCGGCAUUUCCGUCGACGGGAAAACGGAAAUUGUAUGCGUUUCCCGGACUCGGGGUGGCCGUGGGCAAGGGUCAUUAAAUGCUGGUCGGUACAUUACUGAAAUCCUGGAGGAACAUGUGGUCCCGUAUGCUGGUUAUGUCGGUGAUGGAUUCAUGUUAAUGCAUGAUAAUGCUCGUUGCCACACCGCGGCUAUUGUACGGGAUUAUUUACAGGAGGUCGAUAUCCCUGUUAUGCAUUGGCCAGUACGAAGUCCAGACCUUAACCCAAUAGAACAUCUCUGGGAUGACCUAAAACGGCGCGUGCGAGCUCUAGAUCCAGCUCCAACCACUCUUCAAGAGCUCCAAGUUGCGGUACUUGAAGAGUGGGAACAAAUACUCCAAGAGGCUGUUGCGACCCUUGUAAGGUCCAUGAAAGACCGCAUGGAAGCCGUUAUCAAGGCAAGGGGGUGUAACACUAGGUUUUAA